AUGCGAAUCUCUCGUUUUUUUACACCCGAAUUUGUUCAAAUCGGUAAGUAUCAAAUAUUACUUUUCAUUGCAUUGAUAGAUAUAGGAAGUCAAAAGAUGAUGAAAACAUCAUUGCGAUCAAUAUUUAGUAUUGGUCAGAUAAACAUACAUACAACAUCAACUCUUUGUUCAAAGUACUUUUCAUCAUCUUCAUCAAUCAUAGACAACAAAAGUCGCAGUAGUAACAACAACAAUGGACAAUACAGCAACAACUCAUACUUGAUAUCAAACAAACCAUUGUUUAUUAAUCAUACGAUUACAACAACACUAACACAACAAAUGCAAGCAAUGACAUCAACCAGUAUGUUGACAAUCAACCCUUAUUGUCAAUCAUCAUUUGAUAAAAGAACGAUGAUUAGUAAAGUCAAGAAACAACUAAAAUUGGAAAAGCAUAGACGAUACAAACAAACAAUGAACGAGAGAAAGGCCGAAAGAGAAUCGACAGACAUGUCAUCACUACCAAAAUCAGAUCUAUCACAUGAUCGUAUGAUCCCUAAACUCAAAGUAAUGAUUGGUAACAAACAAACAAAUAUCAUUAAAGAAUCUUCAAGAUCAAAUUGGCAUAUCAGACAACAACAACAAAGAGAAAAGAAAGAAAAUGAUAGUAGUAAUGGUAGUACUACUAUAGGAGUAAACAAAGAAUUUAAAAAUACGGGCUAUGAUGCAAAGGUUUUAGAAAUGAUUCAACAAAAGAAAUUGGGACGUGUUAGAGUUGAUAAACCAAAACAAGGUAAAACUAAAUUAGAUGUACUUAGAGAUGAAGCUAGAAAAGAUAUUCCCAAUUACUUUCAUUCAAAAUUUAAAUUUAUUGGAGCAGCAAAAAAGGAAGAUUCAUUAUUACCGGAAUCAGAUACACCAGAGGUAGCAUUUAUUGGUAGAAGUAAUGUUGGAAAGAGUAGUUUAAUUAAUGCUAUUACAUUGAGAGGAUUGGCAAAGACAUCGGAUAAACCAGGAUUGACACAAUCGAUCAAUUGGUUUGAACUUGGGUCGACGUUGCGAUUGGUCGAUUUGCCAGGUUAUGGAUUUGCAUUUGCCAAACAAGAGAAAUCAGAUACUUGGAAUCAACUAAGUGUCAACUAUCUCACCAGUAGAAAGAGUCUCAAACGUGUAUUUGUCCUAAUAGACUCUAGACAUGGUUUCAAAGAUAGUGAUCGUCAACUAUUGGAUAUCCUUGACAAAAAUCAUACUCAUACUCAAAUAGUUCUCACCAAAACUGAUCUAUCUGAACAAUUGGAUCUUGCCAAAAGAUUUACUUUGGUCGCCAAUGAAAUUAAACAUUAUAGACAUGUACAAGAUCCAAUCUUAAUGGUAAGUAGUAAAACUUAUAAAGGUAUAGCCGAACUAGAUACAAUUAUAAAAAGUUUUAAAUUACGUAUCAAACCAACAACUCUACCAACAACAACGACAAAUAUUAAACAACCAAAAGAUGAAGCAACAAAAACAAAAAUAACAAAUAAUAAUAACAAAAAAAGAUUAAAAAAAUUAGAACAAUUAAAAAACCUAAUUAAAAAGAAUCCAAAUCCAACAAAUAAUAAAUAA